UUGGGCUGCGGUCAUACUGAGUCUGCAAUUUUCAAGAAUUACACACGCGCGCUUGUUUUUCGGCUCGUGUUAAAAAACAUAAAAUUGUUAAGCAAAAAAGCAGCUGGAGUCCGCGAGCAAAAACCAUUUUACGCUGUGUUAACUAGUAGAAAAUAUAUUUACAUCGUAUACGUAACUCAUUUGUCGGCGCUACUCUGGUGCGAGGGCGACAGCAAUAGCAGGCCGAGUGCAGCAGUGCGAUUGCAGCGAAUCGAAGGGGAAAAUCCAAAAGAAGUUAUUGGUUGCAGCUCUCGAGUUAAAGCGGCCGAAAAACCAAAAUAAACGAUUAACUGCCGUAUAGUCAUGGCACCCUGGAAGGGCUAAUGAAAACGGGAAGGGAGUUUUCGACCCGCAACAAGAACAACAACAACAACAGACAGUGGAAGAAGAAGACUGCGACGGCCACUCCUUUUGUGUCCGACUUCGAGAUGUGUGCGUGUUCGUGUCCGCGUCCGCCUUUGUGUGUCGAGCAAAGCAAUUGAAAACUGGUGAUUUGCUGAAUAAAUUAAGGUAGCUAAAUUAAUAAUUAGCGAAGCGAGUGGGGCCAAUAAAAAGUGAAAAUCUUCUGCGUUUUCGUAGAGCGAAAGAAACUACAGCUACAGUUAGAAGAGAGAUAAGAAGAGCUCUCGCACACACCCGCACACACCGACACAAAAGCGCAGGCCGAACGAACGAGUGUGCGUGCGUGUGAAUGUGUUUAUGACUCACGGGCUGGUUCAGUGAGAGCGAGAAGGAGAUAGAGAUAAAGAGAGCGUGAGCGAGAGCGAGAGUGGUGGCUUGAGUAACAGUAACAAUACUAAAUUCAAACAACAACAAAACCGCUGAACGUUUAGAAUUUUCCAAGUCGAGCGUAACUAAACGCAUUAAAAAGAAAAUCCCCACGAACAACAAAGGGAACGAGAGAGAGCAAGAUGAGCUUCACCAAGUGGUUCAAGAAGAAGGGCGGCGACGGGGGAUCGAUCUCCGAGAUCGGUGCACCCACCAACUUCCAGCGGCACUUCCAUGUCUCGCACAACCAGCAGACGGGCGACCUGGAAGGCCUUCCAGCGCCCUGGGUCCGCCUGAUGAACCAGCAGAUCACCCGCGACGAGCAGGACAAGAAUCCCGAUGCCGCCUACCAUGCCGUCAAGUACUACAACUACUCGAUCAAGAAGAAGGAGAACGAGGUCUUCAAGCCCUUCAUCACCGAGGACGUCAUCCACGAGGAGUCCAAGGAGAUCGACAACUAUGUCAACUACAAGAACAAGCACAAGUCGCAGGAUCCCGAGAAGUCCGAUGACGAUGGCAACUCGACGGCCACGGAAACGGAGAGCAGCAGCGGCUGCGGCUCCUCGGCGGGCAACAGCAACAGCAGCAGCAUCAACGACAGCAGCCAGCAGUCGGCGGUUCGGCUGGACGCUUUGGAGGAGGUGUUCAAGGAGCUCAAGUCCAAUCUGGAGCAUCGGGAGACGCUGAAGGCGGCACCACAGGAGCCACCACCGGUGCCGCCCAAGAAAUCACCACACACCAUGCCGCCCAAGCCGCAAAUCAAGCCGAAGCCUCGCGUAACCCAGAAGUUCUCACGCACCUCGGACCUUCGCACGGAGGAGGACUCCGAGAAUCAGCACAAGAUCAACACGGACACUAUUAUUAUAAAGCCAGCCGGUGGUGGAGCCCAGGAGGCCGAUGACAACCCAGACGAGACCAUACUGCGUCGCUCCAAGGAGAAGCGGGCCCAGAAGACCGAUGCCGAGAUCUACGACGAGCUGCGGGCCAUUUGCAAUCCCGAGGAUCCGAGGGAGCGCUACAAGACCACCCAAGAGGUGGGCAAGGGAGCCUCCGGCAUUGUCUUCAUCGCCGGCGAUUUGCAGAACGAAUCGCAGGUGGCCGUCAAGACGAUCGACAUGAAGAACCAGUCCUCCAAGGAUCUCAUACUCACCGAAAUCCGGGUGCUCAAAGACUUCAACCACAAGAACCUGGUCAACUUUCUGGAUGCCUACCUGCUGGAGCCCGAGGACCAGCUGUGGGUGGUCAUGGAGUACAUGGACGGCGGCCCGCUGACCGAUGUCGUUACCGAGACUGUGAUGAAGGAGCGCCAGAUUGCCUGCGUUUGCCGCGAGACGCUCUAUGCCAUCAGUUUCCUGCACGCCAAGGGCAUCAUUCAUCGGGACAUCAAGUCGGACAAUGUGCUGCUGGGCAUGGAUGGCUGUGUCAAGGUGACGGACUUUGGCUUCUGCGCCAACAUUGAGGGCGAUGAGAAGCGCCAGACAAUGGUGGGCACCCCGUACUGGAUGGCGCCCGAGGUCGUUACGCGCAAGAAGUACGGCAAGAAGGUGGACAUCUGGUCCAUCGGCAUCAUGGCCAUCGAAAUGAUCGAGGGCCAACCGCCCUAUCUGUACGAGACUCCGCUCCGCGCCCUCUACCUGAUCGCCGCCAAUGGGCGGCCGGAUAUCAAGAGCUGGGACAAGCUCAGUCCCAAUCUGCAGGACUUCCUCGACCGCUGCCUCCAGGUGGAGGUCGACCGGAGGGCCACCGCCGACGAGCUACUUAGCCAUCCGUUCCUCAACGACUGCAGCGAGGUCAAGGCCCUGGUGCCCAACAUCAAGGCCGCCAAGAAGGUGCUCCGACGCAACGUAUAGUUGAUGUGCAAUCACCGGACGGCCAGGCUGCUCUACGCGUGAUCGGGAUCGGAAUCGGGUUCGGGAUCUGCCCCGUGUGUAUAAUGAGUUUUCAAUGUAAAUUUGUUUUGUGUGAACGUGGUCGUGGACGAAACCGGAACUGGAAAUGGAACUGGAACAGAAUGCUGAUCGUAGUCUUUGUAGUGUGUACAACCGUAGAAAUAGCAAGAGCGCAGGACUAGGACCCGGCCACUCCCCUUCGACAAACAGCACGAGACAGCGAGGGCAGAGAGAUGAGCAGACGCCGGAAAACUCGAAGGAAACCGUCGCAAAACCGUGGAUCCAUAUCGCAUCGCUCAGAGGCAGAGGGGCGGGGGUUAUCGCUUAGAUUAGAUUGUCCUAUGGCAAAUUAGCUUACUUCGUACAUGGCAUAUGUAUAUGUGAGGACGCACACAAACACGCACAUAUGAUAUAGAUACUGUAUUAUUAACUGUAGUGACAUAAGUUUGAUUACUCUUUAUAUACCCGUAUAUAUACAUAAUUGUGAUUUAAGCGAUUUUAUCAAAUCUGCAUUAUGCGAUUCAUUAUAAAAUUCGUCGUAGUCAGUAAGUGCAAACAAACCCUAAACAGAGAACAUGCAAUACUUGUUGUAAAUUACCAAAAAACAAAAAAAAAUCAAAACAAAAAUGAGGGCGAUAAUUAUAGCAAGUCGAAAUGAGUGUAACAAGUGCCAUUAGGACUAGAGAGCUAGCAGCAGCAAGCGACACACCAGCAACAGCAAAAUUAUCUCCACAAUUUAUGCAUUUCCCAUAGAAUACAGAUAUCAAUGCAACAGAAAACUAAUUAGACAGCUAGCCGGACCUUGUAUAUUAGCUGAUAUUUGAUAAUCGCAGUGUUGACGGGAUUGAGGGAAAAAUGUUUGAUAUUCCAUUUUAAUUAGUACAAACUUAAGACUAACCAAAACGCCACAAAAGAACAGAUUUAAAUAGACAUCCUUGUUCCUUCCCCGAGAUAUUUGCCAUACGCACCAAGAAAAUUGA